CGGAAGCGCAAACAGAGUGGAUGGUCGUUGCGUUGUUCUUGGUUGCUGUGUGUUUUCAACUGUUGAGUGAAUUUCUGACACCCCUACAACCCCAGCUGACAGCAUGAUGCAUAUUGUGCCUUCAAAUCCCAGAUUUUAAAAUUCUGUAACAAGGAUGCACUUGGAAGAUCACUGAGAUAGAAUGGAGGAAUUUCUGGGCACUCUCCGGGAUCAUGACGUGAGUUCUGUCCUGUCAUCCUGUGAGCCGGAGUUGCAGGAGUUAAUGAGGCAGAUCGACAUCAUGGUGGGGUACAAGCGCCAGGAGUGGGAAGCUGAGGUACGAGCCAUGGAACUGCGUCUGAAGAAUGCACAAGAGGAGCUCCAGUCUGCCAGGGCCCUGCUCGACAAGAGGAGCUCAGAGAUCCGGGUGCUGGGGAAACAGCUAGAUGAGAUGCAAGCUGUAAAACAAGAGCUGGUUGUGAAGUAUGAAGAACAGCUACAUCAUGUAAAAGAUGAAUUGUCUAAAUUGAAGCGCAGCUAUGAGAAGCUACAGCGUAAGCAUCUAAAAGAGGCACGGGAAGGAGCUCUGAGCAGAGAGGAGGACAGGAGUGAGCUGUCCCGCCUCAACAGCAAGCUGGAGGAGUUUCGUGAGCACUCGGCAGAGUGGGAACAACAGAGACUGCAGUACCAGAGACAAGUGACCUCACUGGAGGAACAGAGGAAGAACCUAGCUGAACAGUUUACCCUUAUCCAGUCUCAGGGUGUGGGUCGAGCACAGGAGUUGGGAGAACUGCAGCGGCUGCGCACUCAGCUUCAGAGGGCUCAGGACCGUCUGCACACGCAGGAGCUAGAACUGGAGAGACUUCGUCUUUUGCAGGAUGAGCUGGGAGACUCCAUCAGGGAACAGCAGGUCAGCUGCUUCGCUGCAGCUUGCUUACCAGGACAGGUUUUGAACGAAGAGAGAGAGGAGCUGAAGGCCACACUGGAUGCUCAGGAUCAGUUUGUUCGUAGCGCCGGAGCCCAGCAGCAGCAGCUCCGGCGAGAGGUGACCAGACUCAGCCAGUCUCUGCAGGCAAAAGAACAAGUCAUCAGGUCUCUAGAGGAGUGUUUAGCAUCACAUGGCUCAUCUUCAAACUUGGCCUCCCUUAGACAGGAUCUGGAGAAAAUCACAGCCAAAUCGAACAGUUCCCAGACCUGUGAGAGUCACUUGAAAGCAGAGGUCAUCAGACUUGGAGACAAAUUGGAGAGCAUGCGAAGGCAUAAAGCAGAGAUGAGCAGGAGAGAAGAAGAAUGGAAACAGAUGGAGGAGGAACAUACUCACUGUACAGCUGAAAUCAGACGUCUACGUGAAGAGCUUGAGAGGGCUGAACAGACUCGUUGUGGAGAGUUGGAAGGAAUGAGGAAGGAGGUUUCUCAGUUAACGAGUGAGCUGCAUAAGCGAGACAUCACCAUCGCCACACUCACUGGCUCUGCCUCCAGCAUUGAACGACAGUUGCGGGCGGAAGUGGAGCGAGCAGAGCGCAGAGCGUCAGAACUCAAGGUUACACAGGUCCAGCUUGAGACUCUAAAGCUUGAAAAUCAGCAUCUAAACGAUCUUCUUGAGAGAGUCGAGUCAAGAUCCCCUAAGAGGGGUGAUGGAGAGCUGACAAGCCUUAGAGACAGCUACGUGUUGUCUCUAAACAGUCUGGAGGAGGAGAAUCGGCGUCUGAGGCAGGAAAUGACUGAGCUAUGUGCUCGCAUGGAGGCCAGCAACCAGACCUGGCAGGACAAGUAUGAGAGAGCGUUACUGCAAAACCAAAACAAGUGCCAUUCAUACCAUACUCAGGAGAGAUCUGCUGAGGAUAUACAGCGGAGACACCAGGAGGAGCUACAGGCCAUGGAAAGUCGGAUGCAGGAAAGAGCCUCACACUAUGAGGACCAAAUACAGACGCUUUUAAAACAGCUGGAGAACCUGUCACGAUCUUCCCCUCAUCACCUGGAUGGCCAAUCAAAGGAGAGCAGGACAGCUGUGUCCCCAGCCCUAUCUUCGGCAUCAUCUAGCUCAUCUUCAUCAUCAGCCCGUAAAACUAACGGGAUGGCAGCUCUGCUCAGUGCAGCAGUUAAUGGAAAAGAAGCUCAAGCUUCCAGCUCGACAGACAACUUCCUGCCUGUGGACUCUACUGGAUCUCCAAAUGGCUCGGUGGCUAAAUGGUUUCUAGAAGAGGAAACGCUACGGUCUCAAGAGCUGCUUCAGAGGUUGGAUGCCCAUAUUCAGAGCAUGAAACAAGAAAAUGCCAACACUGUCUUCAAGUACCUGGGCAAGGACAGCAGUCCCCACAACUCUUGAGUCUUGAGUGCCUUCAUCUGGCACAGGUGGGAUCUUUUGCGUAUGACCAUUUCUAUUUGACAAGGGAAGUGUUUUUACAGCUAGUGAGAUUCCGUUGUUGCGUAAUGAUUAGACAAGACCCUAACUAUAACUCAAUGGGGCCCUUUCACAACAAUGCAGCUCUACAAGUAUAGACACCAAAGUAGUGCCAAACUACCACACUGCUUAAGUGCCACAUACCUCCAUAUUUAAUGCACUAGUAAAUGACCAUCAUGCUUCUCUCUUUCUCUCUCUCUCUCUCACACACACACAAACUCUACCCUGUUGACAUUUUGACCUUCAUUCAUAUGGUCUCAUGCAUCUUAACUUUUGUCAUCUGUCUCUUGAGCACUUUAGAAACGACAUCUGUACUGUUUAUACAUUCAAUAUUCAGGUACAGUGUUACCCAACUUGUUUAAAACCUUUUUUGUAAGCAUAAUGGCCAGAUUGUGAAGAACAUGUGUUUUAAGGGCUGAAUUAAGAGCUUGUUUUGAUAGUCAUGUGUGUUAUGGGAGUGGAUAUGUUUGUUUGAAUGGUUUUAUUUGUUUGUCACUUUGUGCUUUGGGGAAAAAGGCUGUUUGAGCAUGUGAUGGGGUUGUAUCCUUUAACAGUGUUGCACAGCAGAUGACAAACACAUCAGCUUUCUCUCAAGUCUCCACCAAUGUUUAGUGGAUUAUCACAGACCUCCAUAAUGAUUUAGAAAAGUUUAAUCCCAAGAAUGCACAGACUGUGCCAGGCCUGACAGUUUACAACACACACACACACACACACACACACACACACACACACAGACAGUCACCAGCUCAAACAGCAACAAACAUUCAUACGCACUCAUCAUGAGAAAACUCAUGGAAUGUUAAUGUCAUCCAUGUGGGAUCCUGAACUUGGAAAUAGCCAAAGGCUGUUAUUCAGAACGAGGGGAAAGAAUCAUAUAUUACAAAUGAAUUGAUAUUGAGUGGGAUAUACGUAUACAUGUGCUCCUUCACUAUGAGAAAUUGGGAGAAGAGGAACAUCCUAAAUCUAAUUUGUUCUGGAAUAUGUCUUUUCCCCCUCCAUUUGCUUCUUCAGAUUAGCAAGUGCUGGAAAUCUGUUUUACCAGGCUCCAGUCCAGCAGUUUUGCGAUCGGAAUUCUGCUACCCUGGUUACCCGGCCUCCAAAGCUCCACAAACAGCAGUUUAUAAGUGUUUUUAUUCUGUAUAGUUUUAUUCUUAAUUGGGCAUCUACAAGCUUGCUCCUAACGACAUCUCAUUGUACUUGUACAGUGGCAAUAAAGGUAUCUUGUAUCUUGAGGAAUUUGGAAAUGUUGAUGCACUCUUGCUUGCUGAAGAAAAGCAUUUUUUAUUUGCAAGGAUCAUUUGAGGUAUGGGGCCCUGGGCAAAGUCAGGGGUGGACUGGGGGAUUAAUCAACACUUGACUUGCUUGAAUAGUUGAACUGUGGCCUGAUAAUUUUGUUUUGAUCUGUCAAAAUGGAUAUUUCAAAAAUUAUUUUUUGCUCUAAUAAAAAAAAAAAAUGAACGGUUUUUCAGAAUGGACAUUUUGCAUGAAAGUGCUCAGACUUUUUGUGACACUGUGUCUUACCUGCAGAGUAAUGGCACCAUCAUGACUCCCAUCGCCUGUAUCCACGCAGACUUUUGGUGUCAUUUCAAUUUGUAACAUUUGUAAUUAAAAUUUGUACUGGAAUUUAUAUAAUAUAAUGUAUAUAUUUAUACAAAAUUAUAUUCAUAUAUAAAUAUUAUAUUAUAUAGUGUGUGUAUAUAAAGUAUGUACAGUACACAGUA